AUGCGACAAGGUGACGAUAGACAGUUCUUCGAUAUUCUGUGUCGAAUGAGAUUAGGUACAUCAUUAUUUGCUGAUAAUAUAUAUGAUAGUAAAGUUUUUUCAGGUGAAUACAAUGAAGAGGAUGAAACGAUAAUAAAAUGCAGAAGUAUUCGAAAAGAAGAUAACCCAUUCCACUAUAAAGAACGAUUAUCAGAAUUACAGUCAACAGCAUUUGAAAAUGCUAUAUAUGCAUUCAGUAAAGUUGGCAUGGCUCGAUCAUUAUUUUUUAGUCCAGUACAAGCAAGUAAAAAAGAAUGCAAAAUUGAUUUAAAACCUUCUGAUGAUGAAAAUGAGUGUGCAAGUAUGUUUGAGCAAUUACCAAUAUGCAUUGGUGCACGUGUAAUAUGUCGACGUAAUAUUGAUUUUGAUGGAUAA